CCAGCAGCAGCGCAGAGGCGGGGACGCUUCGCCAAGCAGCCGGGCGGAUUAUUACAGGCGGACUCUGGAGCCCUCGCUGCCGGCCGAGCGCGAUGCUACCGCAUUUAGCUUGCCCGCUGUUGGUGCUGGUGGCCUCCUGGACGGCCGCGGCUUUAGAGGUGCCUACUGAUGGGAAUGCUGGCCUGUUGGCAGAGCCCCAGGUGGCCAUAUUUUGUGGCAAACUGAAUAUGCAUAUGAAUGUCCAGAAUGGAAAGUGGGAAUCUGAUUCUUCUGGAACCAAGAGCUGCAUUUCAACAAAAGAAGACAUUUUGCAGUACUGCCAACAAGUUUAUCCUGAGCUGCAAAUUACCAAUGUUGUUGAAGCCAACCAACCCGUAACAAUCCAGAACUGGUGCAGACGGGGAUGGAGACAAUGCAGGAGUCACCCUCACAUUGUAGUUCCCUACAGGUGCUUAGUUGGAGAAUUUGUGAGUGAUGCUCUUCUGGUGCCAGAUAAGUGCAAGUUUCUUCACCAAGAAAGGAUGGAUAUAUGUGAAACCCACCUGCAUUGGCACACAGUUGCUAAAGAGUCCUGCAGUGAAAAGGGCAUGAAUCUGUAUGACUACGGCAUGCUGCUGCCUUGUGGAAUUGACAAGUUCCGUGGUGUGGAAUUUGUUUGUUGUCCAGUAGCAGAUGAGAGUGACAAUACUGAUUCAGCUGAGGCUGAAGAAGAUGACUCCGAUGUUUGGUGGGGCGGGGCAGAUGCAGACUAUGCAGAUGGCAGUUAUGACAAGGUAGCAGAAGAGCAGCUCACAGAAGAGGAGGAUAUUGCUGAUGUGGAAGAUGAUAAUGCUGAUGAUGACGAUGAUGAUGGAGAUGAGGCUGAAGAAGAGACAGAAGAUCAGUUUCAGGAAGCCACUGAAAGAACGACUAGUAUUGCAACUACUACCACCACCACUACAGAAUCUGUAGAAGAGGUUGUCCGAGAGGUGUGCUCUGAACAAGCUGAGACCGGUCCUUGCCGAGCAAUUAUCUCCCGCUGGUACUUUGAUGUGACUGAAGGAAAAUGUGCACCAUUCUUUUACGGAGGAUGUGGUGGAAACCGAAACAACUUUGACACUGAGGAAUACUGCAUGGCAGUCUGUGGCAGCGUCAUUCCCACCACAGCUGCCAGUACUCCUGAUGCUGUUGACAAGUACUUGGAGACACCUGGUGAUGAGAAUGAGCAUUCCCAUUUCCAAAAAGCAAAAGAGAGACUUGAAGCUAAACACCGUGAAAGAAUGUCCCAGGUCAUGAGGGAAUGGGAAGAGGCAGAACACCAAGCAAAGAAUUUGCCGAAGGCUGAUAAAAAGGCUGUCAUCCAGCAUUUCCAAGAGAAGGUUGAAUCAUUGGAGCAGGAAGCUGCAAACGAGAGACAGCAGCUAGUAGAGACUCACAUGGCACGGGUGGAAGCCAUGCUCAACGACCGUCGUCGUGUUGCCCUGGAAAAUUACAUCACAGCCCUGCAGGCUGUUCCUCCCAAACCUCGACAUGUGUUCAACAUGCUGAAGAAAUAUGUGCGUGCUGAACAGAAAGAUAGACAACAUACGCUCAAACAUUUUGAACAUGUCCGUAUGGUGGAUCCUAAGAAAGCUGCACAGAUCCGAUCUCAGGUUAUGACACACCUACGCGUAACAUAUGAACGCAUGAACCAGUCGCUUUCUCUCCUUUACAAUGUGCCGGCAGUUGCAGAGGAGAUUCAGGAUGAAGUUGAUGAACUACUUCAAAAAGAGCAAAACUAUUCUGAUGAUGUAUUGGCAAAUAUGAUCAGUGAGCCCAGGAUCAGCUAUGGAAAUGACGCCCUCAUGCCUUCAUUGACAGAGACUAAAACAACUGUUGAACUCCUUCCAGUAGAUGGAGAAUUCAGCCUAGAUGACCUCCAGCCUUGGCAUCCCUUUGCAGUUGAUUCAGUCCCAGCAAAUACUGAAAAUGAAGUUGAACCAGUUGAUGCCCGCCCAGCUGCAGACAGAGGACUCACCACACGACCAGGUUCAGGAUUAACCAAUGUUAAAACAGAAGAAACUUCAGAAUUAAAGAUGGAUGCAGAGUACAGACAUGAUUCAGGAUAUGAAGUACAUCAUCAGAAACUGGUAUUCUUUGCUGAGGAUGUAGGUUCAAACAAAGGUGCCAUCAUUGGACUAAUGGUGGGAGGUGUUGUCAUUGCAACAGUGAUUGUUAUUACUUUGGUGAUGCUAAAAAAGAAACAAUAUACAUCUAUCCAUCAUGGCGUAGUGGAGGUGGAUGCUGCAGUGACGCCAGAGGAACGCCACCUUUCUAAGAUGCAACAGAACGGCUAUGAAAAUCCAACCUACAAGUUCUUUGAACAGAUGCAGAACUAGAACACCACAGCAGCCUCAUGAGUUGGACAGCAAAUGAUUGCUUCACUGCCCAUUGGUGUUCAGUUAGAGAAUAAUAUGGAAACAAACAAACAAAAACAUUUGUUUUAUUAUUUACUCAUUAUCGCCUUUUGACAGCUGUGCUGUAACACAAGUAGAUGCCUGAACUUGAAUUAUAAAAUCAGUAAUGUAUUCUCUCUCUUUACAUUUCAGUCUUUACAUUACAUUAUUAAUGAAUGUUUUUGUGUACUGUAAAGUUUAGCUGUACUGAACUAGUGCAUGAAUAGAUUCUUUCCAAAUUAUUUAUCAUAUAGCGCCCUUAGCCAGUUGUAUAUUAUUCUUGUGAUUUGUGACACAAAAAAGAAAAAAAAAAAAAAGAAAUCAAGUCCUAAUUGAAAUAUGCUUUAAGAACUUGAUGGGGGAUGCUUUCUGUGUAUGUGGGGUGGAGCUGCUUCUCUUUGCUGAGUUUUCCUUUUUCUGAUCACUAUGCAUUUUAAGGUCAAGAUGAUUUUUUUAGAAAAGUAUUCCAGAUGAGUUAACAUUAUUUUCCUCUGCAGUUGCAUUUUAUUGUACAGAUUGUUGCUUCUGCUGUACUAGUGAUGUAGAAAUCAUGGGAAUACACAUUUGUUUCUUUGUGCCUGUUUUAUGUGCACACCUUAGGCAUUAAGGGGGUCAACUUUUUUUCAUGUAUCUUUUCAUCUUUUUUAAAAAAAGAAUCCCUGUUAAUUGUGAGCACUUUUAUAGGGGUGGGGGUGGGGAAAGUGCCUGCUGGUUGAAAAAUUAACGGGGAUCCUACAAACGUUUCUGCAGGAUGAUUGUACAGUAUCAUUGCUUAUGAAUUGAUAGCUUUCUACACUGUGUUACAUAAAUAAAUUACCAAUAAAACCAUUGGGCAAGAGUUUUAUUUGGAUUGAGAAAUAAGUAUUUUGGGGCUGACUUGGGGGUUGGGUGGGUAUUUUUUUCCCCCAAGUAGACAUGGAUCAUAGAAUCCUCAUUUUGAAUAUAGUGAACAAAAUGUCAGUGGGAAGGAGGGGUGUUUGCUUGGGCAUGCCUUCUCUCAAAAAUGUCUCUUUUUUCAGUUUGUAUAAUAGUGUUUUAAUGUAAAUAAAUACAUUCCUGGAGGAGUUA